UGUUGAGUUAAUAGCUACCUGCUGAUACUGUGCCCAACGUCUGAACAAUGAAGUGCCUGAACUGGGUGUUCCUUUGCUGCCUGAUACAGAUUAUUAUGGUACAAGCAAGAAAGCCUCCAAACUUCCUGAAGAGUCAUAUUAUUGGAGGACAGCACCAUAAUUGUUCUGCUGGGUGUUCAUAAUACGGAAAAAAUUGAGGCAUCUCAACAACUCUUCUUUGUACAACGAAUGCAUAUACACCCAUCGUAUAAACAUACAGACAAUGCCGCUUAUAACGACAUCAUGCUCCUGAAGCUGCACAAAAAGGCAAAACUGAACCACAAUGUGCAGAUGAUUAAGCUUCCAUUGCCUUCUUCAGAAUUAGAGGCAGGGGAAGAGUGCAACGUUGCUGGCUGGGGUUUAACUGAUGGUGGUACUAUUCCGGAUACAAUGUAUGAGGUUAAUGUCACGAUUGUGAGCAAUGAAGAUUGUGCAAGGCUUUUUGAUGAAGGGACAAUAGCAGACACUAUGAUAUGUGCUGGACGUUUUGUUGAUCAAAAGGAUUCUGCCCAGGGUGACUCUGGUGGACCACUGGUCUGUAAUGGUAUAGCAGAAGGAAUCGUGUCUUUCGGCUUAAAGUGCCCACCUGGAAUGUAUACACGCAUUUCAUCAUUCUCUUCAUGGAUCGGUGAAAUCAUGGGAGAUGCCAGUGAAUGAAAUCUCUUUCUUCAGCUGAAUGUCAGCCAAUCUGAAAAGCUGAUCACUGGUGCUGUAACGUGUUUUCCUUGCAAGGCAUUUUGCUUUCUGCUUUUGAUAAUAGCAACAGUAGCAGUAUGAACAAUAGUAGUAGUAGCUGUAGUAACAGUGGUACUAGCAACAGUAUUAAUAUUAACACUAAUACCUGUAGUAGGAGCAGUAGCAAUACUAAUGGUAAUAUUCAUAGUAGAACUAACAGUGGAAGUAGUAAUAGUAGUAAAGCUAAUACCAGUUGCAGUACUAGUAGUAACAGUAAUAAUACUAACAGCUAGAGAAGUAGCAGUGAUAAUGCUACUGGAGGUACGGUGCAAAUAUUUGGGCUUUAGGUAUAAUUGUCCAGACUCCUUAAAUCUCAAGUAAAUUCCUUCUCCUCUGAAAAUGUCUUAAAUUUUAAAAAGCUUCAAAUAAUUAAUCAGAUUUCUAUAUCCAAGGAAUAAUCUAAAUAAUGAAAGUACAAUUUGUGUGUGUGUUUAUAUCUAUCUCUCUAUCUAUCUCUGUUAGCCGGUUGUCUAAAUUGUCCUUAGGGUUGAACAAAGGAAAGAAAAUGACUAAGGGGACAAUAAUCCCAAGGAUCCAUAGAGUCUCACCUUAGCAGUCUACUAAUUAACAGCUUGAGUCGUCGUUUGCAUGUGAUUAUAUAUUAGGAGUGCCAGUGCCAGGCAUUUUAUUUCUUGUGUUUUGUCGCAUUUAUAUACGCUUGUAAAUGACAUUAGAGCAAGGCUUAACAAUCCAUAGGUUGAACCCAAUAUGUGUGAUGAACAAAUGUUGCAUUUGUUAGCAACUUCAUACUUGGGGGGAAAUGUACCCCUAGCCAAAAGGCUCCAUUACUCCUUCCACAAUGUCCCUGUUCUUCCUGCAUCUCCCUUUGUUCCAAAUCUUCCUCCCCAUCUUGACCUGUCCAUUCUUUCCGGAUUAUUUUUUCUCCUUUUUUUUUCCAUGUUUGCCUUAACUCUUCUUUGUCUUGCAUCCUUUCAACACCCCAACACUGGCCAAGACUGUGCUGUAAUAACUGUGGAGGAAAUAACUGGGUUAAUCCAUUGGUCUGUCUGGUGAUUAUUAGGCCCCUAAAAGCCAUGGGAUUAUAGAUGCUCUGAUGUGCAUUUAUGCAUCUUCCCACCUUUGAUCCAAAGAUGACCUGAACAAAAAUCAGGAAUAAGGAAAGAAAUUUAGUUUUAGUUUUUCUUUCAAGGAAAAAAUAAUAAGCUGUGCCAAAGGUUUCAUGUUCAAAAAUGAUAAAAUAGUAGUUUGCAAUAACAUGAGAAGGUAAAUGUUUGUUAGGAAACAUAAUAAGCCGUGCCAAAGGUUUAAUGUCCAAAAAUGGUAAAAUAGUAGUUUGCAAUAACAUGAGAAGGUAAAUGCUUGUUAGGAAACAUAAAUAAUAAAUCCAAUUUGUUCCUGCCCACCCACAAAAAAAAAAUUAAUCACCUUCUGUGUAUCCUCUUGGUAUUAGAUUUGGAUAUUUGGAUGAAAGUGAAGGCACAAAUGGCCACAGUACAUACACACACACACACACACACACAAAUACACACAGACAUAUAUAUAUGUGUGUAUAUAUAUAUAUAUAUAUAUAUAUAGAGAGAGAGAGAGAGAGAGUGUGUGUGAGAGAGGGCAGUUCUCCUCCUCCAUACUCUCAAAAGACAGCCACCUUUUGUUUAUCGCUUUGAUGUCAGACCAGGACAAAACUGAAAAAACAGAACAAAGUAACAUAUUUCAACCCGUUAUUAUCAGAUAUACAUAUAAACAACAUGCCUCCUUACCCCAAGCCCCAAAAGACAGUCACCUGUACACACAUCUGAUGUUUGAUUGUGAGGAAACUGAAACAAUGAUCACAGUAACAUAUUCAGUCGGAUUGCUUCUAGAUGAUAGAGCUGCCCCUAGACAAGUUAUAGUGAUAUUCUGUGCACAACUAUUGAAAGGAUAGUUAAAGAAAUAACAAUUAUAGUCUGGCAGUUAGUGCAGAUGGUUAAGGCUGUGUGCUGUAGUUCCUGGGGUAGACAGUUUGAUUCCUUCAGCCUUCAUUUGCCUACUGUGUGACCUUGUGCAAGUCAAUUAACCAGACAGUGCUUGGGAUAAACUGGGAAUUUAGAUUGGGUUCCUCAAUGGUCAUGUGGGCUGCAAGCCUCGUAAUUAACUAUGAACAUAUGAAGCUAAUCACACUGUUCUCAAGCUUCAUACAAGGUACAGCAACCUUCUGUGCAUACCCCUGAGGUCUGAUUGUGAGUCAGAUUAAGGCAAUAAUGACCUCCAUUCCCAUCUCCCACAUAAGUUACAGUAACUUUCUGCAAAAACCUCUGAGCAGAGCCAGUUUUAAAUUAGGUGGAGUUUAGGGCAUUGUCAAUCAUGAAGUCUGUGCCAGAAUCCAUCCAUACAGCCUAGGGUAUAAGGUCCUCUAGGCCCUCAAAAGCUCUGAAGAUCUAAAUGAUCUGUGAUGGAUUUUAUGCUUUAUCUUUGGAAGACAAUGGCUUAAGUAUUUUUUUUUUUGUUUGUUUUUUUGUUUGUUUUUUGUUUUUUUUUUUAUUUUGUUUUUAUUUUUUACUGCAAGCCAGAAAAGUUAUGUAUAUGUCUGGCAAUAUUAUAGAUAAAAUCAGUGCUAUUAUUAUUUUCAUGGCACACAUUCCAUGGACACACACACACACACACACACACACACACACACACACACACAAAAACACAUAAAUACAAAUGUUCGUAUAGAUAUACAUUGACACUGCCCUUGACAAACUAUGUCUAUCGCAAAGGGUAGUGAUUUUUCACAUGUGCACAGGCAUAGUGACUGAUGCUGACAAGCCAGGUCUAUCACAAUAUGUACAAAACACACACACGCACACAUGCACACACACAUACACACACACACACACACACACACACACACACACACACACACACACACACACACAAACAUACACACGCUGCCCUGACAGGCAAGGUCUAUCUCAAGAGGUACUGAUUUCAUGCACUUGCCCACAUACACACACACACACACACACACACACACAUAUAUAUAUAUAUAUAUAUAUAUAUAUAUAUAUAUAUAUAUAUGCUGACUUCCUCAGAAAAGCUAGGUCUAUCACAUUAUGCACACACACACACGCACACACACACACACACACACACACACACACACACACACACACUUACCUACAUACAUAUUGAAGGAAUGCCAACUCACCUACAAAUGUUUGGGGUGUUGAAGGAAAUCAGAGCACAGAGAGCAAUCCACACAGAGACAGGGAAGAUCAACAGACUCCACACAGAGGAAGCCUGAGCCCAGUAAAGAACCACUGCCAAGUGCUGUUAGACACAACACGAUUUACUGUGUUUAUUUGUUUUCACACACACCUUGACCUCUCCUGACCUCCAGAGAUAGUCACGUAUCAAGUGCAAUGGUUACGACUCUGACUGUAUAGGAAACUGAAAAAUAUCAUGGCCAGUUUGUUACUUUUAAAUACACUGCAACCCUGCAGCUACACACACAGACACACACAAACACACACUCAAACAAGCAUAAGCUAUAGUAAUAUGAGUUUUACACCAAUUUCAAUAAAUAUAAUAUUAUAUAAUGUUACUUUCUGUUAGUAGCAGUAAACAUUUUAAUAAGAAAGCAGUGCUGUACAAUAAAAAUAAUACAUGUCAUUCUAACACUCUAGUUCUAACAUUAUAAUUGCUUAAUUAGGCUUUAAGUUUCCAAAUAAAUGUUGAACUUCUUAAUAUAUUAUUUAUUGCAGUACAUCAGUUAUUCUAUAAUGGCACCAUAAAAAAAUGUGCCCCAUUCAGUUGGGCGACCAUACACAUGGUCAAACAACAAAACAUUGAGACCACAGCAGCGAAUAUUCAGAAUAUUGAACAAAUGCUGGCAGAAGGAAAUAGCAGCAUUUGUAUGUGGGAGAUUGCACAACAGCAGGGUAGAGAUUUGUUUUUUCCUCACUGUUGUACAAUCUCAGACUUGGUAUAUAUAAUUAGCUGGGGCUGUGGGGGCACAGCCAUAUGCAUAGACAAUCAGCUGAACUAGACCCAGUAAAACAAUACUGUUCCCUGCAUAUAAGCAUAAACAUAUGUGAUAUACACGGCCCUUGAAUCCAGCCUUCACUGCUUACUGAAACACUACAGAGCAUAUUAAACCUCUGGACAUCAAUACCUCUGCAUCAAUACAGUUGUUUUAUUAAGUCUGUCAUAUGAAUCCAUGAAACUGGUUCAUUGUUCUGUCACCCACCACACAUUCAGGAAAGCUGACCAAGUUAUCCUGUACCCUCCAUAUGAAGAAGGACUUCAUCAAUGUUCUCAUGACUCUGUUCCUACCAAUCUAUUGGCAUUGGUUCAUGGGUUCAUAAGUAAGUAUUAUGCUAGCUGUCCUUGCAGACAAUUUUAAUCCUAACCAAUUUCCCUCCAAGGUGAGAAUCAAACUCAGUACCCUGUGUUUGUAAGGUAACACGUUAACCAUUAUGCCAAAUCCCAACUACAAGAAAAAAAUAUUUUAUGCCUUUGGGCCUCAAUCCCAUGUACCUGUUCUCUGGAGUCCGGUGCUCUACCACCAUACUGUGGAGCCAUAAAUAAAACAUUUUAAGAUACUGGACCUCAAAGAGUUGCGUAAGCACUCCUUUAACAUUUAAGAUCUUUACAAACUACUACUUAGCUCUUGAGUGGGGGUAAUUUUAAGAGAGCUUUAGAACCACAUCACCUUGACUUAUGUUGCAUUUUUCUUGUGAGUCAUGUUGAUGGUGUAAUCAUUUGUUCUAGGUGAUUUGAUCACUUUGACUAAUGUCAAUAUGACAUCCCAACCUAAUGUAAGAAUGGAGAAAAAGAGGUUGAUGUUAACUAAACUAACUUAACAACCAGUGUAACAAAACAUCAACAAAAAAAAAAAAAAUCAUCUCAAAAUCUUUAGGCUUCUCAGGAUGACAGCCUUCACAGUUAAGCCUCAGCAAACACCACUUUGAGAAGCAGUUAGCUUCUGUAUAUCGCAUAACAAAUAAUUGCAAGGAGUGUAAAAUUAUUCUAUAUUGUAUAUUACAGCUAAAAGAAUUACUUAGCUUUGACAAACAAAUUGUACACUUCAGUUCAACUUGAAGUUGUCUGAAUUGUGUAGCUUCCAUUCUGGUUUACGACAAAGGUCUCUGUGUGUUUAGUUUCCUGUGUAUGUAUAUGUGUGUGUGUGUGUGUGUGUGUGUGUGUGUGUGUGUGUGUGCUGCUACUGUAUUCUUCUGACAAAUGUAUAAACAGAAGAGCAUAGAUAUCUUGUUGAAAUUCUGCUGUUAAACAUGUUUAAUCAGCAAGUAUAUUCAUUGUUUAUAUGUUUAAAAAUGAAGUGCAACUCUCUUGACUCUUCACUUCUGUGGACAAGAAUAAGUGAGGUAGAUGUGAAUUUUAAAGAUCAAAUGCAAAAAAAACUUAUGAUUUUCACCCUGUUAUUGAUUUGUAUUUAGCUGGAGCUUUUAAUAAUGUAAUACAUAAGUAUUCUGUAUGAUGCUUGCAGCAAUAAAAAUUACUUGCUAAUCA